UUGUUGGAGCUACUACACAAGCCCUAACCCACGUGACCCACACACAUAUAUUUAGCUUUCACUAGCUACUAGUUAGAUAACAAUAACAACCAACCAACGUUCAACCUCUCUCACAGGUUAUGAAGCCCUUGCACUUCUACGAAGCGUUAUAACCAUGCAAUAAUCAUACAAUAAGCUUUUCAAAUAGCUGCUUUUUUCAUUCAAAUACCCCAUAUCAAAUGCCUGUCAAUACGAGAUCAAUCAACCGCGAAGAGAUCCCAGAGAAUCAGAUAGCUGGAUCCUUUUCAACAUCAAUAACCGCGCGAAGACAACAAGAAUAAUCAAGCCCAAGAUAAUCCUCCAGAACGCGAAGAUAUGACAGACUGCAAUGAAGCCGCCAUUCUGAGACAGCAUAUUGCUCAGUUGAAUGACAAGAACACCAAAAAUCCUGAUAAUGAUGCCCAAUAACAAUGCCAAUAACAAUACCAAUAUCAAAAAUACUGUGGAUCCGGAGGUCAGAUUUCACAAAACCAUAAUCAUAAUCAAAACCAUAACCCCGUGGUAUCAACGAUAUCAUGGAUAUAACCAUAACCCGUGGUGUCAAUGAUGUCACGGACAUAAUCAUAACCAUAACCGCCAAUAUCGACGCCAAAACGAUGGAUAUACCGAUAACGAUGCCAGGCCCCAGUGCCUAUAUGAUGCCAGGCCACAGUGCCUACGAUGCCAGGCCCCAGUGCCUAUAUGAUGCCAGGCCACAGUGCCUACGAUGCCAGGCCACAGUGCCUACGAUGCCAGGCCCCAGUGCCUAUAUGAUGCCAGGCCACAGUGCCUAUAUGAUGCCAGGCCACAGUGCCUACGAUGCCAGGCCCCAGUGCCUAUAUGAUGCCGGGCCACCGAUUGCCCAUAUGAUGACCUAUGCCGAUGACCUAUGCCUAUGCCUAUGACGAUGAAAACCACAAAAAUAAUAAGAAUGAGAUCCCGCGGCGUUAGAACAACUGGGGGUAAUACCAAUACUGAAAGGACGGAUUUGGGCGUUCUUCUUGCAUGUUUUUUAUGUUUUUUCAUGUAUGGAGCUAGUCAUUAUGAGGAAACUAGACUCUACUUUUUGUAAUUAAUUUUUAUUGCAGAUUUGAAUGAUUUGGGCGCUUUUGACUGCGUGGGUUAACUGGCCUGCGUAGCAUGGGGGGGUGUUGGAGCUACUACACAAGCCCUAACCCACGUGACCCACACACAUAUAUUUAGCUUUCACUAGCUACUAGUUAGAUAACAAUAACAACCAACCAACGUUCAACCUCUCUCACAAA